ACACAGGUUAUAAUUUUGCAACUUCAAAUUUUCUAUUGCUUGAGUUGUUUGAUGUUUCUCAGUCCAAAAAUACAAGAAAUUAAAUUCCACACUUGUUUUUUUAUUAUAAUCGAUAUAAAAAGGUGAACAUUGAGAAAAGUGGCACUUGGAAUAAUAAAUAUUAAGUACAUGAAGGUGGCUUAAAUGAUGUCGCUGAAACCUCAAGAAGUUAAUUUUGAUGAGACCUGGUCUAAACUCAAAGAGACUGUAGAAGGUGUUGUUGGCCUACAAGCAAUUGAAAGAGCAGUAUGGAAUUCACGUUUCUCUGAUGUUUACGCUUUAUGUGUUGCACACCCUGAACCACACGCUGAUAAACUGUAUGAUGAAACCAGAAAAUUCUUGGAGGAACAUGUGUUUAGAUUAUUAGACAGAGUUAAAGCCACAGCUUUUUUAGAUAGUACUGAUUACAAUGACGGACUGCUUAAUAGAUAUGUCAUGGCAUGGAGAGAAUACAGCCAAGGUGUGGCUUACCUUAACAGUUUAUAUUCAUACCUAAAUUUACAACAUAUAAAACGACAAAAGGUGUCAGAUGCAGAUAUAAUCUAUGGGUCGUCAGCUGCUAUAAGUUUUCUUGAACAUGAUGCAAGGCAAUUGGAGGUUGGUGAAUUGGGCUUGGUAAUAUGGGAGAGGGUUUUAAUAAAGCCUCUGUCAAAUCCGAUGACGGCUCGAAUAGUGAGAGCAUUAAACGAUGCACGGGAAUCAAAUCCGGAUCCCGCGGCAGCUGAUAUACUAAAGACGGCAAUUCACAGUAUGGUGGAAGUCCAGUCAUUCCGGCUCCGUACACCCUUGUCUCUAUACCAACAACUAGUGGUCGAACCAUUUUUGACCUCCGCUGCCGCGCAUCAUUCACGUCGCGCAGCUGAAUUACUUAACUCUGGAGAUGUUUCCUACUUCAUGAAGUAUGUGCUGGAUGGUCUUGCAAGGGAAAUAGUCCUAGGCAACAAAUUCCUUCACUCAUCAUCGUCCGAGGCGGUUCGUGCUUGCUAUGAGCAGGCCUGCGUGGCCUCUCAUUUGCCGGCUUUGCAUGCAGAGGUCGAACGACUUUUGAAAGAAGCUUGUGAAGAUUCGCCUAAAGCUGCCGAGCGGCGCGAAGAUUUGAAACGUAUGUUUAUGCUACUCAAACCGUUGGGUCAGAACGCCAUGCGUCCAUUGAUCGAAGCUGCGCAUGUGCAGGCCGCUAAGGAAGGACACGCUAUGUUGGCAGCUGAACAUAGCAAGGAUGAAGCGCACACACAUUUCGUACAUUCUAUGUUGUCUCUGCACAGUAAAUAUAAGAAACUCUUUGCCGAAGUCUUCGGAGGGGCUCAACCGUUUAUUGGAGCUCUGGAUAAGGCAUGUAGUGAAGUUGUCAAUUCGCGUGCCGAAGGCGAAUCUGCCGCUCGUGCUCCUGAACUGUUAUCCCGUUACUGCGAUACACUAUUGAGGAGAAAGGGAUCCGAGAGAGAUGCAGAUGACAAGUUAACGGCUGCCAUAGUGGUGUUUAAAUACAUCGACGACAAGGACGUAUUUCAGAAACAUUAUGCGCGUGCGCUCGCACGACGACUCAUACACCAACUGUCUGCUUCUAUGGAGCAGGAGGAGGCGAUGAUUAACAGGCUCAAAGCGGCUUGUGGCUACGAAUUUACAAAUAAGUUACACAGAAUGUUCACCGAUGUCGCUGUGUCCACAGACCUUAAUACUAAGUUCCAACAAUAUUUGAGGGAAAAUAAUUUAGCUACGAACACUGGUUUCUUCAUACAGGUCCUUCAGGCCGGAGCGUGGCCUCUCGGUGGAGCAAUGGCUCCCUUAGCUCCUCCAGCACAAUUAGAAAGACCGGCCCGUCUAUUCGAGACGUUCUACCGGGCGUCGUUCUCUGGUAGACGGCUGGCGUGGCUUCACCAUUUAUGUACAGGAGAAUUGAGGACGAGAUAUACGCAACGGUUAUACCAUAUAAAUGCUACUACACCACAGUGCGCCCUCCUCUUAAUGUUCGAAACCACCGACUCUAUUCGGGCCAGGGAAGCACGCGAAACUCUCCAACUCCCAGAAGAAGCCUGGGCCCGACACGUCCGCCCGCUGGUCGAAGCCGGUCUGCUCAUCUCAAAGGGAGAUGUGGAAGGAGCCGAUGAAGAGGCGGAACUUCUUCUUAAUCUCACCUUCACCUGCAAGCGGACGAAAAUAAGGCUGACUUGUGCUGCAGCACCGGCGAGUCAAGGUGGUACUGGACCUGGUGCAGGAACAUCCAGUGAAUCCACUCACUGCGAUGAUGAUAGAAAAAUGUACCUACAAGCCGCUGUUGUACGCAUUAUGAAGCAAAGAAAGGUCCUACGUCACACGGAGCUGAUCCAAGAAGUGGUCUCUCAGGCUAGAGGCUCGUUCGCACCAUCUGUCGCCAUGAUCAAGAAGUGUAUAGAGGCACUGAUCGAUAAACAGUAUUUGGAAAGGUCGCCAGGAAACCUCGACACAUAUUCGUAUCUCGCGUAGGGUAGUUGCAAAUUAAUCGGGAGGGUACUUUAAAAAUACGGGUACACGGUUGACAAAAAUAUUUAUAAGAAAUCAGAUAAUUUUAUGAAUAUACUCUAAAGUUUUUGGCGAAUGUUUUAACAAUGAGUUUGUUUAGAGCAAAGGUUAUUUAACAUACAACUAUAUAUUUAAGUUCGAAAUGGCCGAUAUCAAUAUUAACGUGAUUGGAUCUUCGUUAUUCAUAAUAAUUUUUUUGCAUGUUUCUUUUUAGUAUCUCAAUAUCUGUCAAAUUUAUUUAUUCACAAAAAUACAUACUAAGCCAAUACGAUAAUGUCGAAAUAUAAAAUAUAUAAUAUUAAAAACAUAAGAUACACAAUAUCGCUACUGUGAACUCACUUGAACUUAUAGACAUGUUGAUUGUGUCUGAGAUUGGUUCUGGACCUUUGUGUAACAAACAACCUUGACCUUCGCCGUCGCACAAAAAAAUCGAGGUCAUGAAGAAUACUUGGCCGCUCACCAGUCACCAUACUCCAAAUAGUUAUUUUGCUAUGCAGCAUGAAAUUUAUGACAGUACUUGAAACAAUUGUCUUGAGAUUUGCUUCUGAAUAUGAACUUAUUGCGACGAGAACUAUAUAUCUGUUUUACUAACAAAUUUUUGAUGUCAUACAAGCCGCGUGACGUCAAGUUUUGUAUAAUAUACGGAAGAACUAACUUCGCUUUUGUUAUUACAAUGAGUACAAUUUUUUUUUUUUAAUUUAACCCUAAAUGUCAUGGCGGUUUAGACGUUUUUGUUCCGGGAAAAAUGUAUCCUUAUUAAUAUGUAACGCUGGAUGUUAUAUAAUAUGAUUAAACGUUCUAUAAUAAUCUAGCGCUUAAUACACUAAUUCAUGUUAGAUUUUAAAAUUACGUCUUAACUUUUUAAAUAUAAAACUUAUAUUAAUAUAUCUGUUGAAAAUAAUAAAACAAGCGCGAUUUAAUUAUUCCCACAGACAAGUUUUAAUCGCGUAAAUAUUGAAUGUUUUAUUUUUAAUAAUGUGACUGUGCCAAUACAAUUUAGUUUCGAGAUGGAAAUCCAAGUAUAAAAUGCAUAAAUCUGUGAAUUUUUAUAUGGCUAAUGAAUUUGUCAUACCCAUAGACA